AUGGUGUGCUCGAAAUGCGAGAAGAAGCUCACGCGCGGGAUCCACCAGGAGAUGUGGAAGGAAGGCUCCCGGCACACCAUCGAGGGCGGCGGGCGGAAGCUGAACGAGAACAAAGCGCUGAGCUCGAAGAAACGAUGGACGCCCUACGGCGCCGGCGGCGGCGGCGGGAAGUGCAAGAUAUGCAAGCAGUCCCUGCAUCAGGAGGGGAUAUACUGCCACAAGUGCGCGUUCGCGAAAGGCGAGUGCUCGAUGUGCGGCGUGAAGGUGAUGGACACGACGUACUACGCCGGGCACUCCGAGCCGUUCGAUCGCGCGAAAGGGAAGCGCGGGCAAGGCGAGGACGUCGCUGCGGCCGCGGCGAAGGACGCGGGCGGGUCGCUCGGCGCGCGCGGCGACGGCGGCGGCGACGACGACGACGACGGCCCCGAGUUCCUGAACGACGGCCCGCCCCCGCCCGGCACCGAGGAAGCGACCGCGGCGGAGGCGGCCAUGGCGGCGGCGACGGCGAUCGAAGCCGCGAAAGCGGAGGCGAGCGCCGCGAUCGAAUCCAAUCGAAUCUCCGGCACGACGACGCUCGCGCAGUCCGUCGCGGAGCACGCGACCGCGGCGACGGGGCAGUCCGUGACCGGGUGGCAGUACGACAGCGGCAGCGGGCUGUAUUACGACACGCAGGCGCAGAUGUACUUCGACGCGAAGACGCAAAAGUAUUUCUGCUGCAAGUCGCAGAAGUGGCUCGAGAGCGACGUCCCGACCGCGGCGCAGCUCGCGAGCGGGGACACGAAGGUGGGGUCGUUCUCGAGGGGGACGCGCGUGCCGGAUAAGUGGGGGUUGUGA